GGGCCCCGCCCCGUCCUGCUGCUUUGCUCCUCCGCUGUGCGUACGGGGGACGUCGGGGGCGGUGCCGCAGAAGUUGCCCCUGGUAACGGGGGAGGCAGGAGGAGGAGGAGGAGGAGGAGGAGGGACUCGGCGGGAGGAUGGGCUUACUCUCAAUUUUGCGCAAAUUGAAAAGUGCGCCAGACCAGGAGGUGAGAAUCCUUCUCCUGGGCUUGGAUAAUGCUGGUAAGACCACUCUUCUGAAGCAGCUGGCAUCUGAAGACAUCAGCCACAUCACACCUACACAGGGUUUUAACAUCAAAAGUGUACAAUCACAAGGUUUUAAACUGAAUGUAUGGGACAUUGGUGGACAGAGGAAAAUCAGACCAUACUGGAGGAAUUAUUUUGAAAACACUGAUAUUCUCAUAUAUGUAAUUGACAGCGCAGACAGAAAAAGAUUUGAAGAGACGGGUCAGGAACUAGCUGAAUUACUGGAAGAAGAAAAGCUCAGUUGUGUGCCAGUGCUCAUCUUUGCUAAUAAGCAGGAUCUGCUCACAGCAGCCCCUGCCUCUGAAAUUGCAGAAGGACUGAACCUGCACACCAUCCGCGACCGAGUCUGGCAGAUCCAGUCUUGCUCGGCUCUCACGGGAGAGGGCGUUCAGGACGGCAUGAACUGGGUCUGCAAAAACGUCAAUGCAAAGAAGAAAUAAAAUCUUGACGAAUGGAGACGCUGGAGCUGCGGGAGCUGAAUUCUGUCCUGAAAAACACUAAUUUGCUGCUUUCUGACCAAAUGUUUUUCCAUCUGUGUACAGCUACAGCUGUGUGAAGCGAGGGAACAACACAGUUUAAAAAGAAUCCCCAUUCCAGCAGUAGAUUUAACAUGAUCUCUGAGGUUCAGUAUCAUUUUUCAAAUAAAGGAAUUAUAUUAUUUCCUCUGCAUAA